AUGGCCAGUGAUAAAGAUAGUAAUAUCGAUCUGUUUGAUGAUGUUAAGCAAUGUAUUUCAGAAUAUUUCAGCCAGAUUAAAUCUGAUAAGACAUCGGUCGAUCAAACGUUUAUCUCAAAAGCAAUGAAUACACCACUUUUCAAUGAUGCUUGUUACAUCGGUUACCUACUUUCAUUCUGUGAUCAUAAUGAUGUUUUAGAUGUUAUUAUGCAUAUCUUUUUGAAGAGUAUAGAGAUAGAAUAUUCAUUCAGUACCAUUCAACGUUUUAAAUUGUUAAACAAAUCGCUCGACAUUGAAUCUUAUUUUUUUAAGAGUAUCGAGGACGAACAUAACAACAAAAACUGUAUUUCAAAUCUUUCAAUUCAUAACAAGACAUUAUUAUUAUGGUAUAUAUUGAAUGACAAUGUUAGUUUACUUGAACAAAUUAUUAAAAACGAUAAAUUAAUAUUUUGUAUUUUGGGUAACGAUGAUGCACAAUCAAAUGAAUAUCUUACAUUCUUUAGUAUUCUGAUGAGUGUUGGAUGGCUUAAUCCUCAGGAGAAAGUCGAUGAAGAGCACCAACACUGGCUGAAUAAAAGAGUAAAAGUAAAGCAAAGCAAUAUAAUCGAUUUGUUUUUAUCAAGCAGUUCAAACAAAAAGAUACUGGUUGGCUCUUUGUUUAAAAUGAAUUCAUUCUUUAUCAGAGAUGUCAGCGUUGAUCUACAACGAUUGGAAACACCAGAGUUUGGAGAGAUGAUGAUUCGUCAAUUUCCAUUACACGUUGGAAUAAGGAAUUUGGAAUCAUUGCUUAUUUUCGACAUCUACAGAGUGAGAUCCAUUGAAAUGCCUUCAAACCUUUUUAAUCGUCUUUUGGAAUAUAUCAAAUCGAAUGAUGUCAAUAUUACAAAAGUAUUGUUAAGGAAACUAUACAUAAAUCACUGUGGCGACGCUUUAUCCAAGAUAUUGUUGUAUUUCUAUCAACGAGUUAAAGAGCCAGCUAUACUUAGAGUAUUGUUUAAAUCACUCAUUCUCAUGGAAUCAUUGGAUCGCGAGUUAAUCAUAAGUGUUCUGACACCAUUCAAACAAGAAUUUCUUGAAUUUUUUAAUAAUCGAGAUUAUUCCAACUGGUGGACUUGCCAAGAUCUUAGUUUGCUUUUAUCCUAUCGAAUUAAAUUCCUCAGAUUUGCUUCAAGAUUCUUCACAGACCAAAAGCAUUUACAGAUCUUUGAAACUGGGUAUUUUAAUCAAAAUUCAUUCAAAUUUUGUAAAUUCGCUCUCUCUUUGCCAUGUACAACUACAACCAGUAAAAUAUUGGACAAAAAGAUUAAUACUAUGCUAUUUAAGGACAUUGGUUCGAUGAAAUUUCUCCUGGAAAUCGAGAGUAUUGACAAUGUCGUGGUGUUUUUAGAGUUAUUGUACGCGAAAUUCCUCGAAGAUUUUAUUCAAUUAGAUCCAUUCUUUUCAAUUGGUUUCAAAUUGUUUGAAAAGAUACAUAAUCAUGAUCCAACUUUGAUCAAUCAAUUGGUUUCCGUGGAAUUAAUAACGCAAUCAAACUCAUUAUUGGUGAGUGACGCAAUGUCAUCUCUUCUGGAACUCAGAAAAUCCAGACCCAAUGUCAAUAUCUCAGCAUCUCCGUCAUCACAUUCUAUCUCAAUUGACAAACCUGAUCAACACUCUCUGAUCACAACUUGCAGUUAUGAUAUUGACCUCUCAAAGAAUAUAAUUCUUUCCAAUCUUAGAAAGAUCGUAGUCGGUCCUAAGACACAAUAUAUAUCAACCGAGUUAAAUCAAAUUUUCGAUGUUCUGAAUCAAGAAAAAAGCCAACAAAUUAAAAUUGUAAAAUUGAUUUACAUUGGUUUAAAGCAAAAAGAAAUCUAUAUUCCAAUGUUAAAUCAAUCAGUUUUAUCAGCCAACUCUUUUAAUAUUGGGAAUUUAGUUUGUAGAAAGUGGUUCUAUGAAAGAGACAAAUAUCUUGUUUUACAUUAUAACUCUAAUAAACUAAAUAAUUUCAAUUUCAACUCCUUCGGAAAUCAAUUAAAAUUUCAAGAUGUUAUUAAAAACAAGGAAUUAGAGAUCGAAACUCUGAAACUUGGAUACGUUUCAAACAGGUCGACAACUAAACCAUCUACUUUCCCAAAAUAUGUUCGUCACAUCGAAUUCAACUCGUUUGAUGUAGUGCUACCUAUUCAACUGCCUCAUAAUCUAGAGGUUUUCAUUUGUAGAUCGAAUGAUCAAAAAUCAUUUGCUAUCGAAACAACUUUGAUUCCUUUACCACCGAGACUACACACUGUACAUAUAACCUCAAAGCAAUUAGAGGGCUUUAGUAUGAUGACAUCGAUUACAACCAUGAAAAUCAGAUGGCUACACAACUCUGAUAGACAUCUAGCUUCAAGUGAUCUUCCUCCAUCUUUGAUCAACUUAACCUUAACGGUGUCUAAUCCAUAUAUCGCUCGCUAUGGAACUGGCUUACUGAUCAACAGAGGUGUAUUACCAAAGUCACUUAAACACCUAAUACUUGGAAUGAAUAUUAGUUUAGAAUCACAAGAUAUUAUUACUCAGCUUACAUCGUUGGAGAGUCUCAACAUAGAGAUGUCUCCACAUUUCAAAAUCAAACUACCACAAUCACUUAGAAAGUUGAAAUUACCACAAAACUUUAACAAUGCUAUCGAUGUGCAAUACAUACUACCUGAUAACUUGGAAUCAUUGGAAUUUGGUUGUAACUUUAAUCAAAAGUUAUCAUACGGUGAUCUUCCUGCCAAUCUGAAAGAACUCAUUUUAAACAGUUCGUACAGUGCAGAGAUAACAGUUGGUUCAUUCCCAAAGGGUUUAGAGACAUUAGAUCUUGGUGAAUAUGUUAACCCGAUUGCAAAGAAAGCAUUCCCUGCCUCGCUAAGAACAAUUCAUCAUAGUUUCACUUACUAUGCCAGUAAACUAGGAACACUUCCUGAUUCAAUAACAUCAUUAAUCUUGGAUAAACAUUAUCAUUUAAGAAGACACACUACCAAUUGUUUCAUUAUGAUCACAAACAAUAACAAUAAUAACAAAACUAUAAUCUAUAACUUGUCACAUUUAUUAUUAGCAGAGCUUACAAAUAGUCUUGCCAGCAACUUGGAUAGAAUAUGCUUUAGCUUAGUUUGUAGAAAGUGGUUCUAUGAAAGACACAAAUAUCUUACUUUACAUUAUAACUCUAAUAAACUAAAUAAUUCCAAUUUCAAUUUCAACUCUUUCAGAAAUCAAUUAAAAUUUCAAGAAUCAACGUCAAUAGUUAUUAAAGAAAGAGAUGAAAUACCUAGACAACAGACACUGACAACAGCCAAAGAAUUAGAGAUCAUCGGUAGAGUAGCCAACAUUUUCUUAGGCAAGUCGGAAUCUAUGAUUGCUACGUCUAUGCCAACAACAACAACAACCAAAAAAAUACCUGCUAGCAUUAAAUCAGUAUCGUUCAUUCAUCCAGUUUAUGACGAUUUACCUUUGCUUCCUGAUCGAAUCGACACUCUUAUCCUUGAUAGCUUUACAAACAAGUCGACGACCAAACCAACUACAUUCCCAGAAUCUCUUCGUUACCUCGAACUCAACACAUUGGAUGUAGCACUACCUAUUCAACUUCCUCAAAAUCUAGAGGUUUUAAUUUGUAGAUCGAAUGGUCGUAAACCAUUCGCUAUCGAAACAACUUUGAUUCCUUUACCACCGAGACUACACACUGUAAAUAUAACAUCAAAGCAUUUACAGUAUUUUAGUAUGAUGACAUCGAUUACAACCAUGAUAAUCAGAUGGCCCCACACCACUGAAAGACAUCUAGCUUCAAGUGAUCUUCCUCCAUCUCUGACCAACUUAACCUUAUCAGUGUCUAAUCCAUAUAUCGCUGGCUAUGGAACUGGCUUACAUAUCAAUAGCGAAUCGCCAGAUAUCAUUACUCAGCUUACAUCGUUGGAGAGUCUCAACAUAGAGAUGUCUCCACAUUUCAAAAUCAAACUACCACAAUCGCUUAGAAAGUUGAAAUUACCACAAAACUUUAACAAUGCUAUCGAUGUGCAAUACAUACUACCCGAUAACUUGGAAUCAUUGGAAUUUGGUUGUAACUUUAAUCAAAAGUUAUCAUACGGUGAUCUUCCUGCCAAUCUGAAAGAACUCAUUUUAAACAGUGCCUACAGUGCAGAGAUAUCAGUUGGUUCAUUCCCAAAGGGUUUAGAGACAUUAGAUCUUGGUGAAUAUGAUAAACCGAUUGCAAAGAAAGCAUUCCCUGCCUCGCUAAGAACAAUUCAUCAUAGCUUCACUUACUAUGCCAGUAAACUAGGAACACUUCCUGAUUCAAUAACAUCAUUAAUCUUGGAUAAACAUUAUCAUUUAAGAAGACACACUACCAAUUGUUUCAUUGUAUACUCUCUUUAUGGACAAACAAUGAAAGGUGGAUUCACAGAUAUAUCAUCACUCGAGAAUCAACUUAUAUUAUUCCAUUAA